AUGUCCAAGAGAUAUCGCCAACUGCUCCCUAUCCCUCCCAACGAAAACUCGCCCCCCAACUCGCAUCCAUCAGGAUCUUCCUCGACUCCACGGUCCUCCAGCGACGAACCUUUGAAGCGGCAACGAAUCGGAACACAUCUAGCAUGCAACUCGUGCCGUAAGAGGAAGAUUCGUUGCGACGGAAGAAAGCCCAUGUGCGAGGCUUGUCGACGACGCGGCGAAAAGGCAGCAUGUACCUACGCUGAGACUCAAAGUCCAGGCCAGACGAGUAAGGCAACGGAACAGAUCCUGGGGCUGUUUGACAUUUUGAAGACAGCACCCGAGGCGCAGGCCAUCGAUAUUCUACGAGUCCUACGAAGCCACGCAGAUCUCGAUACAGCUGUGUCGAUAAUCAAAUCGCGGAUGACAAGAAACAUCAGUGACUGUGAACGCUCCCAUGAGCAUCCUCGGUACCUGGGUCUUGAAGCUGAGCUCGUGGCAAGACAUUCUCUCGCGUUUCCCGCGCUUCAACCCCUUGAAUCUAGUAUCUUGAAGUAA